AGGAGGAUCGGGUGGCGGUAGCGAAGCAGGAGGCAGCAGCAGCACUGGAGGCAGCGAGAGGGGUGGACCAGGAGGGACCAGGAGGGACCAGGAGGCCAAGAGGCUAUUUGAAACGUGCAUGUCAAGGCGGAGACAGCAAGGCGCAGCAUUCACAGAUCCGCAGCAUGCAGGGCAAGGUGGAGAGUGAAAGGCAGCAGCUUCAGGAGCUCAGGGCGGAGGUGGAGCGCGUGCAGAGUCUCUGGCUGCCGCGGCUGCGCUCGCUGAUCGUUCGCAUCAGCAAGGCCUUUUCCAGAAACUUCGAGGAAAUGGCCGUUGCGGGGGAGGUGGCUUUAGAAGCGAUCCGUGCCCAUAAGCCUGAUGCGGAGCGCUCUGUGUCAACCAUCCUGUACCUGGUGUCGCUGCAGGACUUAACGCGCUGUCCGUUCCGAGUGGUGGAUGAGAUCAACCAGGGCAUGGACCCCACCAACGAGCGCAACAUGUUCCAACAGUUCGUGCGCGCCGCUACCCAUGACCACACCCCACAGUGCUUCCUGGUGACGCCAAAGCUGCUGCCAGAUUUGAACUAUGGCGAGUCAUGCACGGUGCACUGUGUCAUGAAUGGCCCGCAUGCUGUGCCCCUCGCCUCCACUGCUGGGUUCAAGGAAGGUAAAUCAUUGUGGGACUCGCUCCAACAGAGCGCUGCAGAUGCUUAG